AUUGUAAAUUUUUACCUAAAAUUUAAUACUUUUGUAAAAACUCCAUUAAAACACGUCACCAUUGUAUUUUUAAGAUGGGAGGGAAACGACGUCGUGUUGGGGUGUGUUUGGCAGAAGAAAGAAAAGACGGAUGAACAAAACAAGAGACAUGAGCAAAUAAUCGAACCAAAAUUCAAAAAUCCCAUCUUCUCUUCUCUUCUCUUCUCUUCUAGCCGUAGCCCUAGCUAGGGUUUCUCCGAUUCUACAGAGAAGCAAAUGAACCAGCCAUCAUCGGCGAAGCCCAGUCCCAUUCCUAACCAAAACCCUACUCCCUUGAUCAAGAACAACAGCAACCAUGCCAGGUUAGCUACGGCGGAAUGCGGCAACUGUGGGUCGCCGAAUCGGUGGGUUCUCCACCAUGUUCGUAUCAGAGGCAUCCAUCGCCGCCUCUGCACGACCUGCGUCCUCCGUCUCCACCCUUCAUUAUUCUGCCCUGGUUGCUUUCAGUUCUACGAUUCUAACAACGUUCCUCCUCCUUCUAAACGCCUCACCUGCUCCAAAUGUUCCUCUUUCACCCACACUCAUUGCGCUCAAACGCCGCCACCGUCGCGUCCGCCGCCGACUUCUUCUUCGGCUUCGGUUAUGGCGUCUUCUUCCGGCUCAGCCUCUUCUUAUCUCUGUCCGGCUUGCGCUUCCCCCAAUUUCAACUUCUUUGACGUUGAUUCCGAACCCAAUCGAGCGAUAGACAAGAAACUUGCUCUUGUCUUGCUCUGUGCUGCUAAGAUCUCCGCUGCUUCCAUGACCAAGGCCGUGAUCGUUGCUAGGGCUGAGGCUGAGCGACGAGUCCGCGAGGCUGCCCUAGCCCGGAAGAGGGCGAAGGAAGCCCUAGAUAACUUGGCGACUCUCUUCAGCAGCAGGGGAGAGAAAGCUAUGCGCAAGGAUGUUGUUGGCGAUGGCUCCGCUGUGGUUUCUGGGUCCCGUAAAAACCCACUUGCUCAGAAUUCGCAAGUGGGAAAGGCGUUCAAUGGGUUUACUCCUCCUCCUUCUAGGCAGAAUCCAGCGAAUCUUGGUUCCUCUCAACUCAUUGAAAAAAAAGAUAAUCGGGAGCGCAAAUCUGUUGUUGAUCAUCAUCUUCACCGCCCAACAACCCUCCAAUCUAACGGUAAUGUACAUGACAAGGACAAAUCUGUAGCCAUGGAUGCUGACAAGGAAAAGGUUAAGCUUGAACCAAAGAUACAAUAAAUGAAAUAAUGAUGAUGAUGGUGUUCGUCCAUAUUGAAAUUUAUAUUAAAUUUUUUUUAGCUGUUUUAUUUUUUUUAAAGGGUUUGGUUGGGACUGGUAGGAGAAUUAGUAGAAGGAUGAGCUUAGCACCCCCCCAUGAAUUGAUUAUGUUGUGCCAUGUCGAAUUUUCUUCUUACAUUUUGUUCUUCUUCUUUCAGUUUAUUGCUUUGUUUUCUUGGUUCUGUGAUUACUUUGGUUCUCUUUGUUGAUCUGAGUAUUAUGGCUCCUCCAGUGCUAUUAAUGUAGUCUAGUCAUUGUUGUAGUGUUGUUUAGUGAAGAUAGGCUUAAGCUUAGUUUUUUUCUCUUUUCUGGGUUAAGUUUGUUGAUAAUGUCCACCUUGUAUGUAUGUAUAUAUAAUAAUGACAUUGAUCAUUAUGUUUGGUAAUUCACAUUCCACAAAUUACUGUGGUGUUUUGUUAUAAGAAA